GUUCAGUUGUCUUGUCCUCUUUCAUUAUGACGGAAAAGAUGGUGUAGUGACCGCGUAAAACAUUAUAUUUCGCUAAAAAUCUGCACUUUAGGUGUAGAAAAAAGAGUUCAGCGUAAAAUUUAUGUGCUACGUUAGUCAAGUUUUAUCAAAAGUGUAAAGAUUUUCAACAUUUUGCUUCUAAUACACCAUCCAAAAUUUUUGUGCAUUUGCGACGAAUCUAUCAACGAGGUGUGUUCAGUGUUGGCGCGUGUAAAAUUUUUCUGCGGUAAAGGCCGUGUCAACCACGAACAUUAUUGCCAUCCCUUUUGCUCAUUUCACUAGUCCAAUCGGAAAAUGUAUGGUGGGAAGAGCGUACAAGGUGGAUUAUUUUAGCGGAUAAUGGCUAAAGGCAAAAAGAUAAAUGUUUGAGAAGGGGAAAUCGAAGUGAGUUGCUAGUGAAGUCGGUUACCGUUGCAUUGUCGCUUAAAUGUAUCGCUGAAAAUUUCCAGUGAAGAGGCAGUUCCUCGGAGAAGUGCCAAAACUGUUCAACAAACGAUAUAUUUAUUUUUAAAAUUUACAAUAAAUUUUUAACUGUUAUGAGGUACACAGGUUAACCCACAAUAAUUGAUUUGUCAUCAUUGUUGCGGUGAAGUACGGGUGAGCGCUUGCAUAAAUCGUAACUAACCAGUAUGAAGGAGAUGGUCGGCGGAUGUUGUGUUUGUUCGGAUGAGCGUGGAUGGCCCGAAAAUCCGCUCGUCUAUUGUGAUGGUCAAAAUUGUACUGUUGCCGUGCAUCAAGCUUGUUAUGGUAUUGUAACUGUCCCAACAGGACCUUGGUAUUGUCGCAAAUGCGAAUCUCAAGAACGCUCAGCUCGUGUGCGCUGUGAAUUAUGUCCAUCACGUGAUGGUGCACUUAAGAAAACCGAUAAUCAAGGAUGGGCCCAUGUGGUAUGUGCCCUAUAUAUACCGGAAGUUCGUUUCGGUAAUGUCACCACAAUGGAACCAAUUAUUUUGCAGUUGAUUCCACAGGAGCGUUAUGCAAAAACUUGUUAUAUUUGCCAGGAGUCGGGCAAACCAAAUCGCGCCACUGUCGGUGCUUGCAUGCAGUGCAAUAAAUCUAAUUGCAAACAGCAAUUUCAUGUAACAUGCGCACAAAGCUUAGGCUUAUUGUGCGAGGAGGCUGGAAACUACUUGGACAAUGUCAAAUAUUGUGGAUAUUGCCAACACCAUUAUGGAAAAUUGAAGAAGGGUGGCAAUGUUAAGACCAUACCGCCCUAUAAACCCAUUACACACGAUACGUCGUCUGACUCGAGUUUGUCACCCGAAAAGGAGCUCGAUUCCGGCAUGAAUGCGACUGCCUCAUCAACUUCGGCGACAAGCAUCAAAAUUACCACCAAUAUAAAUGCUGCAUCUACCACCAAACAGCGUAAAUCAUCCACCGCUUCAAAGCAAUCAAACUCAUCAUCCUCGUCAUCUAGUGCUGCCGCAGCUGCUACCUCCUCAAGCGGGUUUGCUAACAGCUUACACGGCAACAAUUUCUCAAAUUCCAGCACUGGUUCUGGUAAUAUAAAUCUAGCGGGUAUUGGUGUUGGCUCAAAUAGUUCUAAUAACAGUGGCAACUUAUCGGCUAACAACUCGUCAAUUGGUAGUGGCAAUGCAAUGGGUGGCGGUGCGGGCACAAAUACCGCAUCUAAUCUGAAAAAUUCUUCGAACAGUUCAAGCAGCUAUAAAGAAAAGGAUAAACAUAGUAAAAAUAUGAAUAAAACAUCAAGUUCAAGCAAAGAUAAAGAUGGCUCAUCAUCAUCGUCAUCAUCACGAGAUUCCCGUGACAAAUCUUCAAAAUCAUCUAAAAACAAAGAGUUCUCCAAUAAUAAUCCAAUGAGUGGCGCAUCCAUGACCGGUAUAAGUGCCACAUCAGCUGGUACAGCGCUUAAUAUGACCAGUUCCAUGCAUGAUAGCCACAGUCAUGGUAGCAACCUGUCCACUCAAAGUUCUGCACAAAAUCUUACAACUACUUCGACAGCCUUGAGCAUGAACGCUAGUGGCAAUUCAAAUAGUAGCAACAGUGGCAGCAAAGAAGCAGCCAAGUCGUCUGGUACUUCGAACACAGUGGGAAACAGUGGUUUUGGUGGCAAUAACAAUACGGCAGAUCCACAUGCCAGCACCACUGAUAGCAGUAACUUUGGCGGCACGCAUAUGGAUACUUCUACAAGUGUAGGUGGCAUGAACGCGAAUUCUGCAAGUGGUGGUGGUGGUAUGACAAGUGCUAGUGGCAAAAGCUCAGGUAGUUCGGUAGCGAAGAAGCGAAAAGCCGAUUCAAAAUCAAAUAAUAGCCUUGGAGACGACAUAAAUAGCCCUUUUAGAGAUAUGAUUAAAGACGUCAGUGUCACGUUAACGCCAUUAACGGAUUUUGAAAAGGAAAUCGAGAAGAGUGCGAAGAAGCAAAAAACUGAACUGAGUCCACCCGCACAUCAAACACACAGCACCGAUGCGAAUAGCACGCAAAGCGGUGGCAACGGCUCUGGCAACAGCAGCCACAACUCCUCGGCCUCAUCAGGUACAACAUCCGCUUCAAUAUCCGCCUCAAUCGCCACCUCUUCGGCGGCGUCAACACUCGCCACCACCACCGCCUCGCACAAAUACACACUGUCAACGGAUGCCAAAAGUGGUGGUGCAACAAAUUUAAGCACCAGCAAUGUCAACUCGUCGACAUCGAAUGUGCAUAAAUCGAACACCGCUGGCAAUACAAAUAGCAACAAUAACAGCGGUAGCAAUUCAAAUGCACAAAAUUACUCCAGCUCAAAGGAGCAGCAUCAUCGCGAUGACCGUUACACAACACAGGCGCAAACGAAUAACGCUGCAAAUGCCGUCAGCAAUGCAGCGAACGCGGCAGCCAACGCGCCCAGCCUAUAUGUCUCUGUGCCACUCUCCACCGCCAAUGUACCUGGAAUCAAUCUACCAACAAGUAACGCAGCAAGUGGUGCUGCAACAGAUCACCAUGCGCCGCCAUCACAAUCAACGCGCGCUGCUGCAGCAGCUAUAAGUCAGCAGCAACAGCAUCAGGGCAGUUCUACAUCAAUGAAUAUGAUUGGGGGCGGCACAGCGGGCGCGCAUGCGGUUGCCACACCCACACCACUAGGUGUUGGUGGUAGUAGUAGUGGUGGUGGAGCUGGUGGACUGCUAGAACGGCAAUCGCCACGCAUACACCAUCAACCGCCGGCGCUUUCCGAACAUCAUAGUAAUAGCAACAGUAGUUAUUUUGCUAGCUCGGCAACUGGUCUACCAACAGCGGCGCAUAGCAGUGUCAUACAUCAGAGCGGUAAAUCGCCAUCGGGCAAUAUGAUGUUGAGCGCAAGCAGCAAUCCCAAUUUGAUGGCCACCACAACGGAGACUGGCAAUCUGAAAAUCAGUUAUGAAAAGCAAACAACGCGUGUCAGUCAGCUGCAAGAGCAGGAAACAGCACCAGUGCGAAGGAGCAGAUCGCGUUCCGGGGAGAGUAGUAUGCAAGCGUUACAGGCGCAGCAUCUACAACAACACCAUCAACAACAGCAGCAACAGGGUGGCCAAUCGCAGCAGCAGCAGCAGCAACAACAAGCGUUGGCGACACAAAAAACCACUUCUCGCUCCGGUAAGAAAAGGGCUGCCGCUGCCGCUGCAGCAGCAGCCGCCGCCGCCGCCGCUUUGGGUGGUAACAAAAAUCGCGAUUCACCAAUCGAAAAGCUAACGAAAUCAUCACCGUCGCCAAUACAACAACAUUUUCGCAACGAAUUAGUAACACCAACACCACCACCAAACGCACCCUCACCACUCUCACUGCCACCGCCCAGCGCUUCGACACCGACACCAACACCCACACCUACACAUACACCCUCACCAUCACCGAUUGUAAUGCUGCAAGGUAACAGUAACAGCAAUGCAUCCAAUACAGCAUCACCAACAAGGCAAAAGAAUGCCAACGGCAAUGGUGGCAACGAAACGAACGGCGCCGGCAAUGUCAAUAUCAUUGGCGGAAGUAACAAUGGUGGCGGUGUCAGUAGCGGUGUCAGUAGCACAUCAACAAAUCUGGUCGCGACGAACCUUACGCUGGCUGGUACAACAUCCAGCUCGGCACUUACUUCCGCUGCUUUGUCUUUUGCCAGUCAUGAUUGUGACAGUGCUGGUGCCACUGUCAAAUCGGUUAACAACAACGGCGAAGUGGUUAAUCUUAGUUCUAAUCAAGGCACUGUAAAUAAUGCCAGACGUGGUGGUGGUAAUGCCUCAAGUACUGCUAUAGAGGGUAGCAAUAUGAGCGCUACCGGAGCGGGUGCGUCUGGUAAGAACACAAAUGAUGCUCCGUUGAUAACCACAAAUCUAAGUGGAAAACCACUGAAUAAGAAAUUGUUACGUGCUCAACAAACGCUCUAUCAGCAACAGUUGGCCGCGCAGCAACAACAGCAGCAGCAGCAGCAACAAAAGCGUUCACCUGAUCACAAAAAUGGUGGCGGUAAAAAUACAAAUCCCACCACAGGCGCAGCGGCCGCCACUUCCUCCAAUUCCUCAACCAGUUCCCCAUCCUCUAGCGCGGCCCCAGUUUCGCCUGCUAAAACUUUAACUACUCUAAAGAAUACUAAUCCUAAUAGCAAUCCUUCCACUGCUCCUCCCGCAAGUAACACUGCAACAUCAACUGUUUUUACUAACACAACCACUAGCAACAAUUUAAAUAACAGUAGUAAUAGCAAUAUUAAUAACGGCAAUAAUAGUAGCAAUAGCGCCACUAACACAAGUCAACUGCAAACGCAACAGCAUCAGCAACAACAACAAUCAGCUCAACAGCAACAGCAACAAAACAAUGUUGCUGCUGCUAGCGACAACAAUAAUGAUAUCAUUGAAAUUUUGCAAUUAACCCCAACCAACACUUCUACUUCUUCAACGCUAACUCAUCAUCAACAUCAUGCCUCUAAUCAUCCAACACAAUCAAAAACAUUGCAAUCCCCUGCAAACAUGGCAACAACUUCAACAACCACAACGGGUGGCAUUCAACACAGAACGCCAGACAGCGGCAUCUAUUCCUCCUCGUCCUUUGUGGCGAACAGCAGCACCGUCUCGAAUGCCUCCUCGAGCAGCAGCAGUAGUAGCGGUGGUGGCGGUGGCUUAAAAUUCAGUUACGAACCUCAAGCCACGGCCAUCGAUUCGCCGGCAGCACAUUUACUCACCGCCGUCACAACUGCGACAGCAUCAUUAACAGCAAUGACGAGCAAUAUCACAACCACCACCUCCACCACGUCCAUCAAAGACUCACCGCCCAGCUCACCAGGCUCCGAAAUAGGUGCUAUAACAACAGCGCCACGUAAACGCGGACGCAAAGCAAAAGAUCCACUUGCAAAUGCUAAUGAGGUGAAAGUUGAUGUGAAAGUGUUUCAGAAUGGUGGUCAUGUCAUAGGUGCCACGCCUACAACCGCCGCUGCAGCAAAUAUGGCGAACAGUGUGCCAUCAGGUGUGUCCAGUGGCGGUGCGACAUUGCAUACCGCUGCCCAUAUGCUCGGCAAUCAACUCAAUCCGAAUAGCAAUGUGGCGCAGAAGCUCUCCGACCAACUGCACAUGGAAAUACAGGAUCACAGCAUCUACACCACAGAUGCGGUAACACCGCAAUUCGUGGGUGUACCCUUCCCAGGCAAAUCGAUGCGCAAUUCUACUUCGACGCCGAUCUCAACUAGCAGCAACACGCUCACCAUCAACUCAGUCAGCGCUGUAACGCCCGCAACAGAAAUGACCGGUGGCACAUCACUGGCAUCGAUGUUCGGCAGCGGUGUGAAUGGCAAUAUGUCCAUACCGCAAAGUUUGGAACAACUGCUCGAACGUCAAUGGGAGCAGGGCUCACAGUUUCUCAUGGAGCAGGCGCAGCACUUUGACAUCGCGUCCUUGCUAUCCUGUCUACAUCAAUUACAACGUGAAAAUGUUCGCUUAGAGGAACAUGUGACCAGUCUGAUAGCACGUCGGGAUCAUCUGCUGGCUGUUAAUGCACGGCUCGCCGUCCCAUUGAAAACGAAUACUACGCAGAGCCAAGCCACGGCCGUAUCAUCGGCAGCGAUAUCCACCAGUGUUGCCACCGUCUCGACAACAGCCGCAGCCGCAGGCGUUGUGACAGCGACAGCGACCUCGGCAAUAGCAGCUGCCUGUGCAGCAGCAGCAAUAGCAACAACAACUGCAGCGGUUAAUGCGCUUGGCGGUAACAAUGCCGGCACUGGCGGCGGAGCUGCUGGCGGUACUGGUACCAUUGGCUCUGGCAAUGCCGGCACCGCUUUAACAACGGUUGUAACGGCUGCUGCAACAUCACUUGCCACCGCAGUGACCACAUCGCUUACUGCUAUGACUGUGAAUACACGUCUGCCCAAUACGGCCACAACGGCUUCAACCGGUGCAGGCGGUGGUACACCAACAUCGCGGCUAAAUACAAUUGUGCAACAGCAGCACGUGUUGGAAAAUGGCAUCGACUUUCGGCAAACAAGCGCAGCAACAACGACAACGUCAGCGCAUGUUGGCACAGUUGGCAGCGGUGGAGGCGUUGGUCCAUCCAUGGGCAUGAGGCACUCCACGGCCAGCUAUGUAAAUGCCUCAGGAAUACCUGCCACCAGCAUGGCGGGCAAUCUGUCAGCAACAAUGCAUCCCAAUAGUCUCGAAGGACUUAGCAAUAUGCAUACAACAGCUGCAACCACAGGUGGCACAGCUACUGCCGUUGUUGGUAUGUCCACUAUGACGGCAAAUCGUCUUGCACAGCAACAACAACAGCACCAACAGCACAUGCAAUCAUUGCAUCAGCAGCAACAGCAACAACAACAACAACAGCAUCAUCAAAUGUCGCUAGCGGCCGCACAGCAACAACAACAACAACAGCAACACAUAGCACAAAGUGCGGCCGCAGCAGCGGCCAUGCAUCAUCACCAACAACAACAAGCUGCUCAUACGCACUUGCACGCCACCCAUCCUCUACAUCUAGCACACACGCAUUCGCAUGCACCGCACGUGCACACGCAUGCUCCUCAUACUCAUCAUGCACAUCAAACGCAUCCGUCUGCCACAGUUAACGUCAACGCCGGCAUCGGUGUCGAGCCACAUUCACUUGCGUCAACACGUCUCGGUGGCGUCGGUGGAAAUGGCGGCAUGGUGGGCAUGGUUGGGCCACACAUUGGCAAUAAUAAUAAUCCGAAUAACAGCAACAACACCGCGGCGUCACGAGGUGGGUCAACAACCGCGACGACAACAACAACAUAUGCUAUUGGUAGUGGUGUGAGUGGUGAUGGUGGUGGUGGUGUUAGUGGAAGUGUCGUUGGUGGCGGCGGUGGUGCCGGUAAUACCACAUUACUCGCAUCGGAUAGCAGCCACCCCACAUCCGCCGCCGCGUAUACUCCUCACUCGCUUUAUACACAUCAUCAGUCACCGCUAAGGCGCGACGAUAACCUAGUAAAGCCCAGCUGAAAAUCGACAGCAGCUUUAUUGGCCUUUCGCCCUAGCCGCCAGCCACAACAGCACACAACAGACCGGCAGCAGCAGCAGCAGCAACAACAAGCAGGAAAACGAGCGUCAAAAAAAGCAAAAACAAAGGUAGAAAAGGCAGCGUUGCAACAAGCAGCCAGACAACAACCAAAGUUACAACAAAAAACGAAAUUGCAGAAUUCUCAACAAAAAGAAGUGCAGCAGCGACAAAAAUCGACGAAACAAGCAGAAGAAGCAGCUGCCGACAGUGAUACUAUUAAAAUUUCUUCCGAUGAAGAGCAAACUUCGUCUAAAACAAACAACACAAGCCGCGUUACAGACGAUAUUUACACGCUUGCCUGCAAUGCUGCUUCAUUUGAAGAACAAAAUCGCUGUCGUAUACCCAGUGCUAGCCCGUGUGAUAGCAGCAAUUCAUCCUCGGCUAUAUCCUCCUCUCUACGUUCGUUAGACUAUGAAGCCGAAGCCGACGAAGAGGAUGCCAAUGAAUGUGACGGUGUAGAAUUGCAGCGCAAACUUGCUGGUGGCAAUGACAAUUUGAUGCACGUGCAGAAUUUCCUCAAUUAUUUCGAUGGACAACAACGACAACAACAGCAGCGGCAGCAACAAAAACAAAAGACCGCAGCAAUUUGUUAUGUCGCACAGUUGCAACAUGAUAUGUUGCGUCCACAAGAGGUGCACAAUGUGAAUAAUUAUAUGACAAUGGGUUCAACAGAAGCCAACCGUCUUAGCACGUAUGUUGAGCAACACGCAUUCGAUGAGUUGUUGAUGCCACAGCAGCAAUUGGAUUUCAUAUCGGCAGUUGCAAUCACGACUACCGCAUUGACAACAACAAGUACCACAACAACCACUGCGAGUACUGCGAAAGCAAGCAGUAAGCCAGGUAAAUUCACAAUUUCAACAAAGUUUUUACGCAAGCCGCGUCACAAAUUGAAAUCCGUGAGUUUAGCGCCAACAGCGGAUGUAAACAGCGCAUUGGUAAAAGCAACGACAACAAUUGGUGGUGAUAAGCAGUUAAUAUUGCAUGAUCAGCAACAGCUCAGUGAGAAUAAACAGUUGGUAUUGCAACAAGAACAACAGCAACAGCAGCAACAACAACAACGACAACAACCACAAUGUGCCGACGAACCGAAUGUGAAAUUCAAUUCGAAUUUCUCUAUUAAUUCACUUUUGAACAAAAAAUAAUGUUAUUGCGAAGCCAAAUUGAAUUUCCGUUAUAUAUACUCGUAUUCAACUGUGGCCAUCAAUAUUUAUUCAUAUAAAUUAUAAUGAUAGGAAUUUAACCAUAUUUCAGCUGAUAAAAAUUUUAAUUUUUUUUUAAAUCACGACAUUUCAUUAAACGCGAAAAUUUUAUUUCUUUUUUGACCCCCCCCUUAUAUAUGACUACCAAAGCAACACUGAGACGUAAAAGUUUACAUUUUUGCAAUAAUAAAAAAUAUUUUCAAGGCUAACGGUUCUUUUAAAUACUCAAAUAAAAUUACUAUAAUAUUUUUAUUAACAAAAGCAAAAGAAAUACUUGUAUGAAAAUCACAUAUAAACCCACCAAAUUCACCACUUGUAAACAAUAAACAGUCAGCUGGUUGCCAAAACCAGAAAAAGCCUUUAAACCCAUAGUCAAAAUCAGUAAAUAACUGUUUCUAAGCGCAUACCACAGUUGCCAAUUAGAAAACAUACAUACAUAUGUAUAUUUAAAAGUAACCUUUAUAUAUACUAAUCAUUUGUUAUUCUCAAUAAUAAAUGCGCGAUUAUAUAUGAUACGAUAUAGCUGAACGAAGAUUUCCCUUUAAAAUUUGAGUAAAUCCCCUCGAUAUUGUCUACUAUUUAUUACCAUGUAAGUAUGUGUAAUCAACGAACAAUUGUCCCUAAUAGCUAUGUAAGUUGUAAUUUUAACCAAAACUAU